AUGGAGUUUAAUUAUAAGACGAGCUUCAUGUUGUUCAUUUGUUUUUCAUUCUGGAAUAUCCUACCUACAUCCCAAUCUAUCAUCGCGGAAACUGAUCGACUAGCUUUACUUGCAAUCAAAGAAAAGAUAAUUGAUGAUCCAUCGGGAGCACUAAAUUCAUGGAAUGCAUCGUCUCAUUGCAGCAACUGGACAGGAAUUACAUGCAGUCGUCGGCAUCCAAGCAGGGUCACUAGCUUGGUUCUGGAAUCCAUGGGCUUGGUAGGUACUAUAUCUCCAUACAUAGGCAAUCUUUCAUUCUUAAGAUAUUUAUCCCUGUAUGACAACCAGUUCACAGGCGAAAUCCCACAAGAAGUCGGUCAUUUAUCUCUCCUCCAGAUUUUUGAUUUGGCAAAUAAUACACUUACGGGGAAAAUUCCUAGAAAUAUAUCCUUGUGUAAAAAUCUCGAAGAUCUAGUAUUAUAUAAUAAUGGUUUAGUAGGAGGAAUUCCUACCGAGCUUGGUUCCCUAUCUAAGCUUGAAAUUUUGUCACUCGCGAUCAACCACCUUGUAGGAACUAUCCCGGUUUCAUUAUCAAACCUUUCAGUUCUCGCUUCAUUUAAUAUAGGAUUCAACAGUUUACACGGUAACAUUCCAUCCGAGCUUGGCCAGUUAUCAAGAUUAAUUUCUUUUACAAUCUCAUUAAAUAACUUAUCAGGAACCAUUCCACCCCAAUUUUUUAAUAUCUCCUCGAUAACUGCUUUUUCCGUAAGCGGCAAUCAAUUCCACGGAUCCAUUCCACCCUACAUUGGAACUACUCUCCCUAAUCUCAAACGCUUCCUUAUAGGUGGAAAUAGAUUCUCUGGUGUGCUACCUAAUUCCAUAUCCAAUCUUUCUAGACUGUCUAUAUUAGAUCUUGGCAGAAAUCAGUUCACUGGAUCUGUACCUCCUAAUUUGGGUAACUUGAAAAAUCUCACUGUUUUAUCUAUUGUGAGAAAUUAUCUUGGAAGGGGGGACAUAGAAGACCUUAGCUUUCUUAACUCAUUACCAAAUUGCAGUAAAUUAGAGAGGCUUGUUAUUUCGUUAAAUAAUUUUUCAGGGCAACUACCGGAUUCCAUAGCUAACCUCUCGACAACACUUAGGGAAAUGUACAUGGGGGGGAACAAUAUAUUGGGUGAAAUUCAUCCUGGAAUUGAGAACCUUGUCAACUUAAAUGUAUUAGCCAUGCAGGGUAACCACCUAAAUGGAAGUAUUCCUACUUUUAUAGGAAAACAUCCUAAUUUAAUGUAUGUUUCACUGUCGGAUAACCAACUCUCAGGAAAAAUUCCGUCCAACAUUUGCAACAGCGCUCAGUUGGAACGAAUUGAUUUUAGUAUCAAUAGAUUGCACGGUGGAAUUCCGCCAAAUUUUGGCAACUGUCAGAAAAUGAUGGCGUUGAAUCUUUCACAAAAUCAACUUACCGGUGCUAUACCUAAAGAACUCAUUGGUCUUUCUUCGAUAACCACUCUGCUGGACUUGUCGGGAAAUCAGUUAACUGGAUAUUUGCCAUCAGAGGUUGGUAACUUGGAGAGGAUUGUUCAACUCUACUUAUCAAAUAACCGAUUAUCUGGGAAACUCCCAGAUUCUUUAGGGAAAUGUAUUGGUUUGGAAGAACUUUCCUUAGACGGUAACUUAUUCGAAGGGGUCAUUCCUGCAUCCUUGGUUAGUCUGGAGGGACUGCGAAACUUAGACAUGUCAGACAAUAAGUUGUCUGGGCAAAUUCCUGAGUAUUUGGAGUCCUUUGCUUCCCUCAGAUAUCUGAAUCUAUCUUCCAAUGACUUUGAAGGUGAAGUACCGAAACAAGGGAUUUUCAAGAAUAUAAAUGCAUUUUCAGUCCUCGGAAAUGACAGGCUGUGUGGAGGAAUUCCACUACUUCAUCUGCCGAGUUGCCCGAGACCUAGCUUUGAAAAAGCAAGAGAAAAGCAACAAAGAAAACUUCGUCGCCUUUGA